AUGUCCCAGGACACCCAGGCCUUUGUUUCAGCCUGCUCAGUCUGUGCCUGCAGCAAGGCUUCCCACCAACCCCCGGCAGGCCAGUUGCGCCCUUUGCCUAUUCCCCGCCACCCCUGGUCCCACAUAGCAGUGGACUUCAUCACUGGCCUACCCCCUUCGGAACGUAACACCACCAUUCGAACAGUCGUGGACCGUUUUUCCAAGGUGGUCCACUUUAUUCCCCUCCCCAAGUUGCCAUCAUCCACCGAGACUGCUAACCUCCUGGUCCUCCAUGUCUUCCGACUCCACGGAAUUCCCCAAGACAUUGUGUCGGAUCGAGUUACCUCAGUUUUCUUCUCAGGUCUGGAAAGCCUUCUGUCAAGCCCUAGCUCCGCCACAGGCAUGUCCCCCUUCAUGGCCUCCUUGGGAUACCAACCGCCCCUGUUUCCAGACCAGGAAGAGGAAGUAGCGGUGCCCUCUGUUCAAGCAGGUCUUCAUAGGUGCCGGCGGAUUUGGAAGGAGGUCCGGUCUGCGCUCCUCCGAUCAGUCGCUCGCACCAGGCGCUUGGCCGACCAACGCCGAAUCCCCGCCUAUCGCCCUUGUCAGAAGGAGAGGCAGAGGAUCAGUGCCCAGUGUCGCAGUCCUUCUCCUUUCCAGCCUCCGGGCCACAUGGACUACAUUUGCAUUGGAGCGAUGGGCCAAAAUUUGAUGUUUGACGUGUAUGUGGGCUCUAGUUCAUCUCCGGUGACUGUGUUCACCAAUCAUAAUCCGCUUGUCUUUCUGGCCCAGAUGUACAACCACAACCAGCAGUUGAUGUGCAGGAUGGAGCCAGUGCUCUGCUAUGAGUCCAGAAACAGAUCAUGUCUGAAGACCAUCUAUCCUUUGCCCACACGAAUCACUGUCUACACAAUUCUAGGAGUCACUGUCAUUCUAACAGUGUGUGGAAACCUUUUGGUCACAGUUUCAAUUGCCUAUUUUAAGCAGCUCCAUACUCCAACCAAUUACUUGAUUGCCUCUCUGGCUACGUCCGACUUUCUUUUAGGGCUUUUAGUCAUGUUCCCCAGUAUGGUUCAAAGUGUAGAGACCUGCUGGUAUUUUGGUGACAUCUUCUACCGCCACUAUGCUGUUUGCCAACCUCUACUAUACAGAAGAAAAAUGUCUAUAAAUGUUGUGUUGAUCAUGAUUGUGCUCAGUUGGAGUAUUUCAGCUCUCAUUGGCUUUGGAAUAAUUUUUCUCAAGGUGAAUCUUUGGGGGAUUGAGGAAUUAUAUAACCUUAUUGUGUGUGAAGGGCAAUGUAUUUUGUUUCAGAGUCAACUGUCAAGUACAGUCACAUCAGUACUCUCCUUUUAUAUUCCAGCAAUAAUAAUGCUUGGCGUUUACCUUAAGAUUUUCAUUGUGGCACAUAGACAAUUGCGCAGCAUACAGAACUCAAGCUGUAUGAGGGCAGAAAGAAUAUCAAAUGCAAGCCAGACAAAAGCCACUAAAACACUUGCUAUCAUAAUGGGGGCAUUUCUUUCUUUUUGGACUCCUUUUUUUGUCUGUAACAUAAUUGAUCCGUUUAUCAUACCACCAGCAUUGUAUAAAAUAUUUGGAUGGUUGGGCUACUUAAAUUCUACUGUGAAUCCUUUAAUAUAUGCAUUCUUUUAUAGUUGGUUCAGGAAGGCACUUCGAUUAUUAACUUCAGGUAAUAUAUUUAAAGCUGACAUAUCAGAAACAACCCUUUUCACAGAAUAA